AGUACCAACAAAAAAUUAUUUUAGUAAUUUGAGUUGAUGCCCAUCACCAACGGAACAUACUUCGGAUCUUUUAUUACAGGUUGAAUCUAUGUGCAUCACAAUUCACAAACAAGUUCUCCAAACCAGGAUCAUGUAAGAUGCAGCAAUCAUCAGAAGAUUAUAAACAGAAGAGAGCAAAAUUUCACAAUAAAGAAGAGGAUCCCAUCAUAAACCAAUUGCCAGAUGGAAUCCCUGUAACAAUUUUAUCAAAAUUGGCAAUAAAUGAAGCAGCUAGGACCAGCAUCCUCUCAAGAAAAUGGAGGCACCUAUGGAAAUUCUUCUCUGGAGCCUUAGAGUUUGAUGGUUCACCAGUGAUGAAAGACAUGAAAAAGGAUAUUAAUAAGGCUUCAGGGAGACAAUUACAAAUGGCAAUGGAGAUCAUGUUUGAUGCAGAAAGGAAAACAUACACAAAUUGGAUCAAUGAGUUGUUGAGUUCACUUAAAAGUCCAACACUUGAAGGAUUGAGAUUUUGGUUCCAUGUUGCCACUGACUAUGAUGUUGAAAAGUGGCUUCAAUAUGCAAUUCAGAAGAAGGUUCAUAAGCUAGAGCUAUAUUUUGGGCACUCAUUUGAAUAUGUUCUUCCAUUGCAUUUGUUCAAAGUGGAAAAUUUUGACUCCUUAUGUGUUUUGAGGUUGAAAUUCGUUAACUUGACCAGUGAGAUGCUAGAAUAUUUACUUUGUUGCUGCCCUUCACUUGAAACUUUGAGUUUAAAUAGUUCAGGAGUUCCAAAUUCUAUGAACAUUUCUUCUUCUUCAGGUUCAUCAUUGAAGCUGAAAUGUUUAGAGUUGGUGAGGUGUUGGGAGCUGAGGAACCUGGAAAUUUGUGCUGAGAAUUUGGUGUCAUUCAAAUACUGUGGACCCCAUUUGGACACAGAAUUCAGAAGUGUUCCAAGACUUGUGGAAGCAGAAUUCGGAGGAUCCUAUGUGGAGUUCACUAGAGAGAGCUUUCUCUCUCAAAUAAAAGUGCUUAAAUUGGAUAUUACACAAAAUGUACCUCAAGUGAUUGCACCUCCUAUUACUACAAAAUUCGAGUCAACAUAUCAUUUGACGAUAUAUUCAGAUCUUCUAAAACAUAAAGUAACAUUAGAGGUUUCUUUGCUAACCAUCCCAACUAAUUUAGUAAUAUCUGGUCUAGUGCAAAUCAUGACGUACACAAAGAUUUCCACGGCAGAUGCAUACGGUACUUGA